AUGCUAACUUAUUUUGGCGCGGCCACCGCCACGGCCGGUCUCGCGUGCGUCGCCCUCCUGUUGUUGCGGAGUCAGCGCCGCCGGCCUCGGCGCGACGACAGCGUCGCCUCCAACGCGCUCGAUCUGAUCGGCAACACGCCGCUGCUGGAGUUGCCGUCCCUCUCGGCGGCGACCGGCUGCCGCGUGCUCGCCAAAGCUGAGUUCCUCAAUCCGGGCGGCAGCGCCAAGGACCGGGUGGCGGCCGCGAUUGUCGCCGAGGCCGAGGCGGCUGGCGCACUGCGCGAGGGCGGGACGGUCGUCGAGGCGACGGCCGGGAGCACCGGCAUCUCCCUCGCCCUGGUGUGCGCCGCCAAGGGCUACCGCUGCCACCUCGUCGCCGCAGACGACGUGUCGCCUCAGAAGCGCGAGCUCAUCACCGCGCUCGGCGCGACGCUCGAGCUGGUCCGGCCUGCCGCGAUCGCGGACGCGGCGCACCCGGUCAACGUGGCGAGGGCGCGCGCCGCCGCCCUCGGCGACGGCUCCAUCUUUGCCGACCAGUUUGAGAACCUGGCAAACACGCGCGCGCACGAGGCGGGGACGGCGGCUGAGAUCUGGGCGCAGAGGAGCCGCGAGUGCCACACACGGCUAGAUUGGCCGACGCGCGGUACCGUCGAUGCCUUUGUGAUGGGCGCUGGCACCGGAGGCACGCUCGCCGGUGUCUCGCGCACGCUCAAGCGGCGGAAAGCCGACCCCAGAAGCAGAAUACCACGCAGGAAGCCGUCGGUGCGCGUCUUCCUCGCCGACCCGCCGGGCUCGGCCCUCUUCCACCGCGUGGAGCACGGCGUGCUGUAUGCGCCGCAGCAGCAGGAGCGGACGGCGCGCCGGAACCGGUACGACACCAUCAUGGAGGGCGUCGGGUGCGACCGCCUCACCGCCAACUUCGCGGCCGCUCGAAUCGACGCCGCGUUUCGUGAGUCGUGUGCGAUGGCGCGGCGGCUGCUGCGGGACGAGGGGCUCUUCGUCGGCGGCUCCGCCGCGAUGAAUUGCGUCGGAGUGCUGCGUGCUGCGGAGGUGUUGCCGCCGGGCAGCACGAUCGUCACUGUGCUGUGCGACGGCGGGCAGCGGUACCUGCACUCGGUGUGGAGGGAGGAGCGGAGGCGGGAGGGCGAGAGCUGCGCACAGUGUGGUUAG